AUGACAUCUUUCCUCUCCUCCAAGCCCUUACAUCUGCAGAAAGGCCACGAAUUUGCGAAGCCGCCGCCCAAAGGCCAGGCUCAUGCUGUUCCAGUACCAAACUCGGCUCAGCAGGACCGCAGUCCUAUAUACCGGCACUGGCGGAUAGCAAAUGGCCUCGUUGAGAGUCUUGAUCCCGAUGUCCGCACCGUCCAUGAAGCCUUCGAGCAGACGGCAAAGCGCCUUCCGCACCAGCCUUGUCUGGGCCACCGACCAUGGUCUUCAGCGAAGCAGUCAUACGGGCGAUACGAAUGGCUUGACUACGAAACCGUGCAGCAAAGGAGAGCAGCUUUUGGUGCCGGCCUGGUCGAGCUGCACGCACGAGAGGGUAUAACUGGAAAAUAUGGCAUUGGGCUCUGGUGCCAGAACAGACCGGAAUGGCAGAUCACCGACCUGGCUUGCAUGUCCCAGUCACUCUUUGGCGUCUCCCUCUACGAGACGCUUGGCCCGGAGACAAUCGAGUACAUCAUCAACCAUGCCGGUUUGGCGUGCGUGGUGACCUCUCUACCUCAUGUCCCUGCGCUACUCAAGCUAAAGCCUCGCUUGCCGACGCUCAAGCUCAUCAUCACCGUUGAACCGCUAGAUGCCGCAGAGAACGAGUUGCAAGACUGUUCCAAAAAAGCCAUCCUUUCCACGCUGGCGUCGGAUGCAGGAGUCCAUAUAUUCUCUCUGCCAGAAGUCGAGGCCAUCGGAACAGCAUCAGGAAGACCAUACAACCCUCCUCAGCCAUCUGAUAUUGUUACCAUCAACUACACUUCCGGCACAACAGGCAGCCCCAAAGGUGUGGUAUUGACCCACUACAACGCCGUUGCCACCAUGUCAGCCAGCCUAUCAAUGAACAACAUUGACGAGUCCGCCGUGAUUCCUUCAUAUCUUCCCGCAGCACACAUCUACCAGCGUAUGGUCGAACAAAUGGUAUUCUGGGCUGGUGCGCGCAUCGGCUACUUCCAUGGGAACGUCCUCGAAUUGGUCGAUGACCUCAAGGUGCUGAAACCUACGGUCUUUCCCUCCGUGCCGCGGCUAUAUAAUCGAUUCGGCGGCGUCAUCAAAUCGCAGACAGUUGAUGCUCCGGGCUUCAAGGGGACUUUGAGCCGCCAUAUUGUUCAGACUAAGCUCGCGAAUCUCAAAGCGAAAGAUGAUCCAUCCAACAAACAUCUUGUGUAUGACCGCAUCUGGGGAAAGAAGGUCGCAGCCGCCCUGGGCCUUGAGCGCGCCAACACCAUGAUCAGCGGCUCUGCGCCCCUGGAUCCGGGCUUGCAGCAAUUCUUGUCCAUUGUUUUCGCCAAUCGCUUCAUGCAAGGCUAUGGCCUGACGGAGAGUUUUGGUGCUACUCUGGGGCAGCUUCCGGGCGACCACAAAGUCGGUACCUGUGGCGUACCCCUCAGUUGUAUCGAGAUCAGCUUGCUCAGCGUUCCAGACAUGGAAUACACAGUCGACGACAAGCCAUAUCCUCGUGGCGAGCUUCUGCUGCGUGGACCCAGCGUCUUUAAAGAAUACUACAAAAACGAAGAGGAAACUCGGAAAGCUUUCACUGACGAUGGCUGGUUCAAGACGGGUGAUAUUGCAUCAAUAGACGAGAUGGGCCGAGUGCAGAUCAUUGACAGGCGCAAGAACGUCCUCAAGCUCGCCCAAGGUGAAUACGUCUCUCCAGAGAAGAUCGAGGGUAUCUAUUUGGCAGGAUGCAACUACCUCGCCUCCGCCUUCGUGCACGGCGACAGCCUCCAGACCUUCCUAGUCGGCAUCUUCGGCGUGCAACCCGACAUUUUCGCCCCGUGGGCCUCCAAAAUCCUCGGUAGUAACAUCGCCCCGACGGACCUCGAGGCCAUCAAAGCAGCUUGCCGGCAAGAUAAGAUCAAACAGGCCGUGCUGAAGGACUUUGAGAAGUGCGGAAAGAAGAAACUCACCGGCUUUGAGAAAGUCAAGAACGUCCUGCUCGCGGUCGAUCCAUUCACCGUCGACAACGAGACACUCACCCCAACGCUGAAGCUGAAGAGGCCGGUGGCGGCCAAGAAGUACCGCGCGGAGCUGGACGUGCUCUACGCGGACGAGUUGGAGAGGCAGGCGGCGCCAAAAGCGAAGCUGUAG